GGGAGGGGGGGGGGGUGUGUGAAGGUCAUUGCGUCGCGUGAGGUUUGGCACAGGUGUAAUUCAUUUGAGCGCGAGUAGUGAGGCGUGAAGUGCAUAUCCAUGAGGAACGCGCACGAAGUUGCUCCUCAGGGAGGUUCUUCUCGCGCGGACGUGGAAGCUCCCUUGCUUGGAAGAUCGCCGAAAGUGAACUUUCACCCUCACGAUUCCGAAGAGGAAUUGGAUCAUGAAGUCAUAGAGAAGCGGGCCAAGCUUAGCAACAAAUACAAGAGAACGUUGUCAAACCCUAGGGAUGAGUUGAGGCAAUUUCGGUCGGGUCUUGCAUGGUUAGGGCUGGAUCAGUCCUCCACCAUCAAAGUCAUUUGGUCCGGGUUUGUUUUCGUUGCACUUGCGGCACUGGUGCCCAUAUUCAAUUUCACAUUCGUGUCUUGCGAGACGUGUGACGAAUCCCAUCAGCAUCCCUUCGAGAAGUUGGUCCAAAUAUCCGAGAGCGUCCUCGCCGCCGUGUCGUUCCUCUCUCUCUCGCACAUCUUACGUACCUACGGAUUGCGGAGGACGCUCCUGCUGGACAAGAUCGUGAAAGAGUCUGAGGAAGUGCAGCUAGGUUACGAGGAGAAGCUGAAGAAUUCCUUCUCCAUACUCGCGGGAAUGCUCUUCCCAACAUUCUUGAUUGCAAUAGCGCACAGAGGCUGGUGGUAUUCCUACGUCACCGUUUCAUUCCCAUACCUCGCGGAUGUCCCAAGGGUCAACGUGAUUCUAUUCGGGGCGGCCGUGAUUUCAUGGCUGUACAGAACCAGCGUCUUUCUCUUCAUGUGCGUCCUUUUCAGGCUCAUGUGCUCCCUUCAGGUGCUGAGGCUCAAGGGCUACAACAAGCUCUUAGAGACUACAUCUGAGGUGGCCAUCAUCCUCAAGGAGCACAUGAGAAUCCGGGCCCAGCUCACAACAAUCAGCCACAGAUUUCGCUUGUUCCUGAUAUUCGCGCUCUUCACCAUAGUCUUCAGCCAGCUCUCAUCCCUGUUCGAAAUCCUCUUAUCUGCGAAGCAGAUCAAUUUCUUCCGAGCUGGAGAUUUAGCAGUAUGCUCUUUGGUGCAGCUGACGGGCUUAAUGCUUUGCCUGCAGGGAGCAGCGAAGAUCACACACAAAGCUCAACACAUUGUAGCGGCCGUGAGCAAAUGGCAUGCACUGGCGACUUGCUGCCCAAGCACAAUCAUGCGAUCCGCAUCUGAUAAUCUUAAAGGAAAUGUGUAUGGCCCUGCUCACCCUUUGCUCAACAAAGGCUCAUCCUCCGAGGAUUUGGAGAUCACCAACCAGCUCACGUUCGAGCAGGAGCUUGCCCAUGACUUGGAAGCGUUCCAGAAGAGGCAGGCCCUGGUUACAUAUCUACAAUUCUCCCGUGCUGGUAUAUCUCUGUAUGGCUUUGUGCUGGACCGAGGUUUCCUCUACAUGAUCUUCGGCGUCACCUUCUCUUCUACUCUCUUCAUCCUCGGGAAGACUAUCCUUGCUUAGCUUCACACCGUGCCGCACCCAUCCAGGUACUCUUCAAUUUGGGCCCAGUUUUGCAGUAUUUAGGUAUAUAUACAUAUAUAUAGGCAAUGCUUGUUGAGAGGAAGGUUUGCUUUGUGGCGACCAAGUUCAGAAUUGGUUUUUUUUUUUUUUUUUUUUUUUUUUUUUUUUUCUUUUUUCUUUUGCCACACUGUUACGUUAUCUGCCUCAUUCCCAACGUUACUUAGUUACAUGAACUGGGUGGAGUUUAAGUUUGUGGUCACAUCAUCCUCACUCCCAGUUUUGCUUGAGGGUUGUAACACAAUGCGUGUACAAAGGAAACUGUACAUGCUUUGCAACUUUUUGAAGUAUUUUUUAGUUGUUGGGCUCUGCACUGGAUGGAAAGAAAGCAGAGGUUUUCAAAGAGAUCUUUCUUCUGUUAGGCAAGAGGAAGUCACUAGAUAUAGGGCCUUUUGUUUUGUAGUAUAUGACAGUUUGUAAUUCAACUCACAAGUUCAAAUGGUAUCAACAAUGAAAUCAGUGUAGGUUUGAGUGGUA